AGGAGAAAGUGUCGGACAGACUCGGCAAUGGGCGCUCCCACAUAGUAGUGGAAUGCUGUUUCUUGCCGUGAAUACAUGAAAGGUUCUUUUUUCUAGGAGGAGGCUUCAGACAGCACACCUGCAUUAGACAAUAUAAGUUUCAUCUGUGCUCCUGUUGAAGAUGGAUUUUUCAGCUGUCCAGUUUGGGGAAGAAAUGCUUGGGUAUGAUGGGAGCAACACCUUCAGCGAAGAGGGCACAGCCUAUGCAGAAAUAUACGGUGGGGAGGGUGGGGAAGGCUUCCCAGCUGGUGGUGAAUUUGCCCAUGACUCCCAAGAAGUAGAAUUCAUGAAUGGUGGAGAUUACCAGGAGAGCCAGACGGUGUUGGUGGAUGGAGGCGACCGCUUUGGAGUGUCAGCUGUCACUGUGGACAGGAAGGAGGAGCUCGUCUGGAUGGGUAACUCUGGGGGACACGUGACCUCCUAUCUCAGCACAGAACUCAUGAAAUAUACAUCUUUUCAAGUUCAUGCCACAGAAGAAAUCCGUGAUUUAAGGUCAACUGAUGCAGGUGUUCUGGCCCUCACACCUACUUCACUAAACCUUUGGACCAGACAAGGAAUCCCAGUUUUUUCCCAUAGAUCACCACAGUUAGAGAACAUGCAGUGCAUGCUUCAACUCGGGGGCAACUUUUCUCAUCGCCUUCUGCUUGGGGGUCAUCAGGGCUCCAUGGUGGAAUAUGACCUCACACGGCAAGAGCAGACUCGAUGUCACCAGGUAGGAGAACAAGGUUGUGUAAUCUUGCGUGAUCAUGCCCGUUUUGUGUGCCAUGGAGACUUAACAGGCAGGAUUGUUCUCCAUGAUCCUCGAACAAUGCGACAGGAGCACUACUUCCAGGCGCACACAGGAAGCUUGUCAGACUUUGAUGUCCUUGGGAACUACAUUGCAACGUGUGGCUUCUCAAACAGAAUGGGACAGAUGAUGGGUGACCAGUUUGUUAUGGUGUUUGACUUGCGGAUGAUGAAGUUGUCCCUGCCUCUGAGGGCACUAGUCCCUCCUUUCCUUCUCCGGUUUGUGCCUGGCCUCUCAUCAUGCCUGGCCGUGGUCUCGCCCCUCGGCCACUGGCAGCUCAUGGAUGCAGGGCAGCCUGACAAUGCCAUCAUGAGCAUGAGCUAUCAGGUCAACUGCUCACCAGAGAGUGUCAUCACAACGUUUGACGUAGCAUCAUCAUCACAGGCCUUAGUGUUUGGGGAUAAUUUGGGGUCGUUGCAUCUCUUCAGCACAGGAAAUAAACCAACUUUCAAUAACUUUUCACAAGAGACUAUAAUGCCAGAUCUACCGGAACAAGUGCAGACGAUGCCCCUAACAGAUUCCACCUCCUCCAUUGCCUCACUUCCUAUGUACUACCCAACCAGCGCAUUAUUAUCAGACUGGCCAGAACAGUAUAUGAGGGCACGGUACAGGCCAACCCCUCCUGUUGAUCCAUCUAUCUUGGCAAGCAUGAAGAUUGUAGGUUCCAUCGGCUAUGCACCUAAUUUGCACAACAGGAAAAGGAACCAGGUGCCUUACAAGUUCAGCAGAAACAAAGGACCAAAAUCAAACUCCAAUGAGAAUUCAACAGGCAAGAAUGAAGACGGCAUAGCGGUGCAUGUCCCCUGGAGAUAUCGCAAAAUGGAGAUAAAAUACAGCAAGUUGGGGAUGGAUGACUUUGACUAUGACCAGUACAAUCGCACAAGUUUUUCGGGACUGGAUAUGUCUCUUCCAAAUUCUUACUGCAAUCC